AUGGCUGCUGAAUGCCCACACGUUCAUGCAACUUACAAUGAGAUCCACACGAUUAUCAAGGAGAGCGCAGCCAAGAUAUCGCAAUCAUUCAAACCGGACGUGCUGAUUGCAAUCGGUUGUGGUUUCUUCCCUGCCCGAGUAUUGCGCACGUUUUUGAAGGAUCCUCUUACGAAAAAGAACAUUCCGAUCCGAGCCAUCGGCCUUUCGUUGUACGAGCCUCUGGCAGAGACAUCUGCAGAGCAAAUUGGAAAAGAAGUUAUUCGCACACAAUGGUUGACAGCAGACGGGACAAAAUCCCUCCUUGGCCGAAAAGCUCUCGUCGUCGACGAAAUCGAUGAUUCUCGCACAACCUUACAAUAUGCCAUUUCCGAACUCCAAAAAGAUAUCGAGCUUCAUUUGCUAGACCUCCCGGAGUCAGAACGAGAAGCCAACCGCACUGAAUUUGCAGCCUUUGUGGUUCACAACAAGACCAAGCCCAAGGCUGGCAUCCUCCCACCAAACGUACCGUAUUUUGCUGGCGCCGAAGUGGGUGACGUGUGGUUGGACUAUCCGUGGGAGGCACUAGACAUUGAGGAGCACGACCAACUCGCGGCGCAGGACAGGCUGAAUACGCAGGUGCAUAGUUAGUUCUUGGGCACGAGGAAGUCUGUCAAUAUGUAAUAUCUGUCGUAGAAAGCUUAUCAAGAUUAUUUGUGUGCGCGUUGUUUGGCUG